AAAAUUAAGCAGCUUUAAGACAAAACUCCAAACUUAAUCUUUUUCCUCCACAAAACCAAAAAGAAAACAAAAUUUAACGCCCCAAAACAGACAAACCCCACGAAAAAUGGGGAUAAAGAUUGUGCCCACCCCAUCUAGAAACCCUUGACUUUCUAAUUUUUUUAUUUUCCCCAACCCAAAUUUUUUUAAAGAAAUAAAAAAUCAAAAUAUUUCUUUUUUCUCAUUUUUAUUUUAAAUUAAAAAGAAAGUGACCAUGGACCUACACGUAUUGAUGACAAUCCCACCACAACCACCCUCUUCUUCUCCCCCAAAAUUCCCUUAAAAAAAAAUUCACACUCAAAAACGCAAAAAAAUACCUAUUUCCCACAAACCAUGAAUGAUCCAAGAUUCCACCUUUCCAAAGAAAACGAUCACAAUUUCAAAGACCCAUAUCCCCAAAUAGGCUCAAGAUCAAUCCCAAAUGAAAUUAGUUGCAGCAACACGUUUAUCGAUCAAGAAUUCGUGCAAUUCCGGCCGAAUUCCGAGACCCCAAACGACGAUUCCGGCGCGUGCUCACCGCCGCUUUGGAAGAGCGGCCCAGGCACGCCGUCGUCGGAGCCGCUCCUCAGCCACCACGUCUACCGGAACCUUUCGCCGGCGUCGCGGCUGCAGGCCAUCACCAGAGGGCAGAAGGAGCUCAUGGAGAUGGUGAGGAGCAUGCCGGAAUCCUCGUACGAGCUAUCGCUAAAGGAUCUCGUCGAGCACCACCGGAUUGAAGCCCACGCACCGCCGUCGGAUUUGCCGCCGAGAGUGAGGAGGCAAGAGAGCAAGAAAAAUAAUAUGGCAAGGAAUGGGAGCUUGAAGCUCGAGAGAAAAGGACUGUUUUUGAAGAUGGUGUUUCCGUUUUCGCUGCAGCCCGUGAAGAAAAGGAGUAAUCUUGAUCGGAGUUUUAGUGGGAGGGUUUCGCCGGUGAAGGGCGGCGGAGGCGGUGGUGGUGAAGGGGAUUGGUGGAGGAGGAAGCUUGGUGGCUCGAGCGGCAGUGAUAGUAGCAGGAUAAGUGUGAAUAGUGGCGGCGGCGGCGGCAGCAGCAGAAGCAGCAGCGGCCGCAGCAGUAGCGGCCGGAGCUACGGCGGCGGAGGCAGGAAAGGGAAUGGUUACACGACAGGUUGCUGGCCGUUUUUUCGAUCCAAGAACAGCAAAUCGGAAGAGUAGAAAUAAAUGCGCUUCUGCACUUGUAAAAUUACUGAUCAACAGACUUUAGAUUACGAGGAAAAAUCUGGGUGAAGAAUUGAAGGAUUUGUAUAUUCUUUCAUCAUCAACGCAACGGCGAUUGUUUUCUUUUGUUUGUGAUGAAGAGUUGUAUCUAUCGCUUAUGAUCCCAAAGUCUGAACUUGUGUCAACUGUAAUAAGUAACUUCUUGAUCUGUUGCAAGAAUUCGAAGUCGUGUUAAUGAAUGAUGAUAAACAACA